AUGUCUGGUUCAAACUCUCCUGCCUCUGUUUCAGAGACCAUCGUUGUCUCUCCCUCCUCUACACUCGUUAAUGUUAACAUGAUGAAUGUUACGAAACUGACGGCAUCCAACUUUCUCAUGUGGAGCCGCCAAGUUCACGCACUCCUCGAUGGUUAUGAUCUCGCUGGUUACAUCGACGGAUCUCUCACCGUCCCGCCGCUGACAGUUACUGCGGCUGAUUUUUUCUUUGCCAAUCCUGACUUUGUGGUGUGGAAGAGACAAGAUCGGUUGAUCUACAGUGCACUUUUAGGCGCCAUCUCCAUCUCUGUCCAGCCGAUCCUCUCCAAGGCAGUCACGGCUCAAGACAUAUGGACCACUCUCUCGUCUACUUAUGCCAACCCCAGCCAUGGUUUUACCAUCCGCUUUGACCAACUUGCUCUCCUUGGGAAACCAGUGGAACAUGAAGCUCAGAUUGAGUUCAUCCUUGAAGGUCUCUCUGAAGAUUACAAAACCACGAAACUUGCUACGAAGGCGGCACUCACGUCGUCUCUUCCAGCGACUGCUAAUGUUGCGACCUACCGUGGAAACAACUCCUCUCGUCCUCAUGGCCGCAACAACAAUCGCAACAACCACACCGACAACAACUGGUCACCUAAUCCGCAACACCAACACCAACAAUACUCACCGCGUCCAUAUCAAGGCAAAUGUCAAAUCUGUGGGGUCUAUGGUCAUAGUGCUCGUCGGUGUUCUCAACUCCAGCUUCCGCCCAUGCCAUACAGCUCCAACCAGUCGUCCGUGUCGUCUGUCACUCCUUGGCAGCCGCGGGCUCAUUUAGCAACGACUCAACAGUACAAUCCGGGGAAUUGGUUGCUGGAUACUGGUGCUACACAUCAUCUCACAUCCGACUUGAACAACCUCGCACUUCAUCAGCCUUACACUGGGGGUGAAGAAGUCACUACUGCUGAUGGCUUAGGGAUGCCUAUUUCCCACACUAGUUCUGCCUUAAUGCAUUAA